AUGCCGAGAGGAGGACGACCACCCCGAAUGGAGAACAAGAAGGGAAAGGAGAGGAUCCGGCUAUAUAAGUCGGACGGGGUGGAAGAAGUCGGACGGAUGAUGAAUGUGCUGUCUGAGCCGUCGCGUCAGCGAGGCUCUGUUGCCCGGCACAGCGGGGUGAACCAGCUGGGUGGUGUCUUCGUCGGCGGUCGGCCGCUUCCGGACUCGACGCGGCAAAAGAUCGUCGAGCUCGCCCAUUCGGGCGCGCGGCCAUGCGACAUCUCCAGGAUACUGCAGGUCAGCAACGGCUGUGUCUCCAAGAUCCUCGGCAGGUACUAUGAGACCGGAUCUAUAAGGCCCAGGGCCAUAGGCGGCAGCAAACCGCGCGUGGCGACGGCGGAGGUCGUCAGCAAGAUCUCGCUCUACAAAAGUGAGUGCCCGUCCAUCUUCGCGUGGGAGAUCCGAGAUCGCUUGUUGCAGGAGGGCGUGUGCACGAACGACAACAUCCCGAGCGUGUCCUCGAUCAACAGGGUACUGAGGAAUCUGGCCGCGCAGAAGGAACAGAGGCAGCAGCAGCAACAGCAGCAACAAGGGGUGGGCGCCGUGGGGGUUGGCGUCGGUGCCGGCAGUCCGGCGGAGAGCGUUUACGAUAAACUCAGGCUACUAAACGGACAGACCACCGGCUGGCCGCGACCCAAUCCCUGGUAUCCGUCGAGCGCGGGAAGUCCGUUUUCGUCGAUACAAUCUAGUUUGAGUCCGAGCCAUUGUUCAUCUCUGCCACCGGAUCCGGCGGAUAUAUUGCACGCGAAGAAAGUAAGCGAGCUCGAGGGUGGCGCGCACUCGGACGAGACGAACAGCGGGGGUGACAACAGCAACGCCGGCAGCGUGUCAGGCGGCGGCGACGACGAUCAGGCGCGUCUCCGUCUGAAGAGGAAACUGCAGAGGAAUCGCACGAGCUUCAGCAACGAGCAGAUCGACGCGCUCGAGAAGGAGUUCGAGAGGACGCAUUAUCCGGACGUGUUCGCCAGGGAAAGACUCGCCGGCAAGAUCGGCCUACCGGAGGCGCGAAUACAGGUCUGGUUUUCGAAUCGGCGGGCCAAGUGGCGGCGCGAGGAGAAAUUGCGCACGCAACGGAGGGAUAAUCCGCCGCCGCCGCAGCAGCAACAGCAGCAGCAGCAACAGCAGCAACACACUGCCGGCGUGAGCCUGGUGGGUGCUGGCCACCCGACGCCGCCGCCACCCUCGGGGAUACUCGGGGGCCAGCCGCCGCCGCAGGCACCACCCUCGCCCCCCAGAAUACACCACGGGUUUGCGCCCACCGCUGUGUACCCCGGAAUACCCAGCAUGCCCGAUUCGUACAGCCCGAUGACGUCGAUGCCGAGCUUCACGAUGUCGGGCGCCAGCCAGCAGAAUCAGCACACGACGAGUAGCAUGUCCUCGCUGUCGACCGGCGGCGGCAUGAGCCCGAUGGGCAUGACCGUGGGCAUGACCGUCGGACCGAGCCCGGGCGCGUGCCUCCAGCAGCGGGACAACGGCUAUUCGUGCGGGGUCGCGAGACCGCCGAGCUACGAGCCUCUGCACCUGGGGUACGGCGCCCGGCCAACCUGCAGCCCUACGCAGCCCUACCACGCGGCGAGCCUCAAUCAGUACAAUCAGAACGCCAGCUCGACCGGUCUAAUAUCACCUGGCGUGAGUGUGCCGAUCGCGGUACCAGGUCAACCGGCACCCGACAUGGCGGCGCAAUACUGGUCACCGAGGCUGCAGUGACCGUGGUGGUCGUCGAUGUCGACCUCGUCUCCGUAGACUUCAGCUUGUUCAUCUCCCGAGCUUCACGGUC